AUGUCUUCGAUUGCGAAUGUGACUAGAAAUGCGAACUUCCGGCAGCCAUCUGGCACUGAGGACGAUUUGAUUCAAUCCUUAUCAACCGUCUCGGACAUGUCGAGCGGCAACGAGGAAGCGCAGUUGGCACAGUGCCAAGCCUAUGUUCAACGACACAAUAUCCAACAACUCGUGAAAGAAGCUAUCGUUGCGCUCUGCAUUCACAAGCCAGAAAAUCCAGUUUUGUUUCUGAAGGAGCACUUUGAUAAACUCAAUGAACAGAGGACAGAGAGCGGCGGGGCGAAAACAGACGGAAUCGCUGUCGGUCUGCCUGCACCGCAAUCAAUACACGCAGUAGGCUACGCGGGCCAUCCUAGCGAACCGAAUUCAUUUGUUGACGACGACGUCCGUCUGCGUGAUGCGAUGGGACAGCAUCUGAGUGCGCGUCGAAGUCGAACACAACACACUCCGGCUAAAACUUCCGCUUCCUCGCCAGCAAUUCAGGAAGCUGGUCGAAAUCAGGACCCACAAGAUGACGACGACAUAAUGAUUGAGCCGCCGAAGAGGACAGGUGGACGUCGUACGGGUAUCUCUGCUGAACCCAUCAAAGAAGAUGAUACCGAGUACAAGAAGGUUGUGAUACCCAAAGAUGAAGCGACACGGAAAUCACUUGAAGCCGCCAUGAGUAAGAAUCUGUUGUUCGCCCAUCUUGAGGAGGAUGAAGCGAAAACGAUGUUUGAUGCUAUGUUCCCGGUUGAGAAGCAAGCCGGCGAGACAAUCAUUGAACAAGGAGAGGAGGGCGAUAACUUUUACGUGAUCGACAAAGGAAUUGUCGAUGUCUACGUCAAUAACGAGUUUGUGCUGACAAUAAACGAAGGUGGUUCUUUUGGCGAGCUUGCUCUCAUCUAUGGAACACCAAGAGCAGCAACAGUCAAAGCAAAGACGGACGUCAAACUAUGGGCUAUAGACCGCUUGUCAUACCGACGCAUUUUGAUGGGAUCGGUUAUGAGGAAACGCAAGAUGUAUGACGAGUUCCUUUCCAAGGUUCAGAUCUUAGCUGAUCUUGACAAGUGGGAACGCGCAAAUGUAGCUGAUGCUCUUGAACGGUGUGAUUUCGAACCCGGAACACAUGUAGUAGAGCAAGGCCAGCCCGGAGAUGAAUUCUUCAUUAUCCUCGAAGGGGAAGCUAAUGUGCUGCAGAAACGAAGUGAUGACGCGCCUUUUGAUGUUGUUGGUCAUUUGUCUUCUUCCGAUUACUUUGGUGAAAUUGCCCUACUUCUCGAUCGUCCCCGUGCUGCCACUGUUGUUGCGAAGACGCAGUUGAAAUGCAUCAAGCUGGAUCGUGCCCGUUUUGAGCGUGUAAUGGGACCUGUUCGUGAGAUCCUCAAGCGUGACGUGUCUAACUAUAACUCUUACGUCAAACUGAUGACUUAAAUUAAGCAUUAGCUACUAGUAAGUGACGCUAAUGCUUAGACCCUUCUCUCCUCUAGUCAUUAAUGCCA